AUGACUGUUAUUAUCGGCUCGUUGUUCCUACCUUAUACUGUAAAGUUCAAAAUUGAUGCUGCUACCAAUGGCAGUGAUACCGAAUCAGUUAAGGAAACCAUAAAUGAUUUUACCAAAUCUGGUUCUCCAAUUCCAUCAAUUUUGCCUGCUCUAAGCCAAACUCCCCAAAUUCCUCGUUCUCCCGUGUUAAGAGGCCGUGAAUUGAAUAGACCUAAAAUUAGCAAUGAAACAAGAGCAGAUACUCCAGAAGGAUUCUUUUAUGCUAGAAGACCAAGACGUGCAGGUACUAAUGAAUCUUCUGGUGAGGCGUCAACUUCUGGAACACCAGGUAUAGUUGUUGCACCACCUCCAUCGACUGCAAAUGCUGCUGCUGCUGGUGGUGGUGGUGGUAGCACCUACAUUCAGCCAAAUUCAAUCGUAGAACCUAAAAAACAUUUUGAUAAUAGUGGAUUACCAAGUAUAACUACCAGAUCCCAAUCUUCAACAUUAACAAGGAAUAACUCAAGUCCAAACCUUGUUUCAUUGGCUCCUACCGAUAACUUUGAAAGAGCCAGAUCUGUUCUUAGUGGCAGAGGUAUCACUUUACACUCCAAUCAUAGUGCGAGUUCAUUAUUUUCAGAUGAGGUUCCAUUUCCUUCAACCUCUUCAACUCCACAACAUCAACAACAAUCAUAUGUUCCUAGUUACCAUAGAGAAGAUGAUGAACCAUGGAAAGAAGGGUUCAAGGAUAUGAUAAUGGGAAGAAACCAUAGCAAAUUAGCUCCAUUUGGGGGCUUUUCCGAUCCAAGUAUCAAGCAUAGUAUUCUCAAUGAAGAAAAUAUUUUUGAAACUGCUCCUUGGAAUAUUGUUCCAACUGAAAGUGGUAAUGGCUCUUUAAUUAAUGCGGUUCAAUUAUCAGUACAAACUGGAGUUAUGAAGAGAAAUAAAUGGGUUGGGAUUUUGUCCAUGCCCAGUGAUGAUGUUCCUGAAAAUGUUAAGGAGAAUAUUUCCAAAGAAUUGAGUAGUAAUUAUGAUUGUGAAGUUGUUUUUCCUGAUGAUUUGACAUUUGAAGGUCAUUACAAGUCCUUCUGUAAACAGAUCUUGUGGCCAACUUUACAUUAUCAAAUUCCUGAUGAUCCAAAAUCCAAAGCAUUUGAAGAACAUUCUUGGGGCCAUUAUGUGUUGAUGAAUAGGUUAAUCGCUGAUAAAUUAGUUGAAACUUAUAAAGAAGUCAAUGGUGAUGCCGAUGAUCCUUAUAAUCCUGAAAAUAUGAUUUGGGUGCACGAUUAUCAUUUGUUAUUGGUUCCUAAAAUGAUUAGAGAAAAAUUACCAAAUGUUAAGAUUGGGUUCUUUCUUCAUGUUUCAUUUCCUUCAUCAGAAGUAUUUAGAUGUUUUGCUCAAAGAAAGCAAUUACUUGAAGGUAUGCUUGGGGCAAAUUGCAUUGGUUUCCAAACAGAUGAAUAUGUUCGCCAUUUUCUUCAAACUUGUAACCGUUUAUUAUUGGCUGAUACUAAUGAAUAUGGGGUUAGUUAUGAAGGAAACUUGACUGUAACCAACACAACCCCGGUUGGUAUUGAUGCUGCUUCGCUUAUGCAUAAAGUUACCAGUGAACUGGUUAAUGAAUGGAGAGCAAUGAUUAAAGAAAAAUGGAAAGAUCAUAAACUUAUUGUUUCUAGAGAUAAAUUGGACAAACUAAGAGGGGUUAAACAUAAGUUAUUAGCUUAUGAACGGUUCCUCAAGGAUAAUCCCGAAUAUAUUGAUUCCACUGUUUUAAUUCAAAUUUGUAUUGGUGAAUCACAUGAUGCCGACUAUGAAGCUGAAGUAAUGAAGAUUGUUUCAAGGAUUAACUCGUUACCUGAUAAUAUUUCAGUAACCCAGCCAGUUGUUUUCUUGCAAAGAGAUAUUGAAUUUGAUCAGUAUUUAGCAUUGGAAUGUGAAGCUGAUGUAUUUGUUGUUUCUUCAAUGAGAGAAGGUUUGAAUUUAACUUGUCAUGAAUUUAUUAUAGCAACUAGCGAACGGAAAUCACCAUUAAUCUUGUCUGAAUUUACUGGAUCUUCAGCAUUGUUAGAUUGCGGCGGUAAAGGUGCGUUGCUUAUAAACCCAUGGGAUACCAAGAGAUUUUCGGAAGUUUUCAAAGAACUGUUGGAAAUGUCGGAACAAGAAAAGAAUCUUCGUUGGGGAAGUUGUUUCGAAUUUGUCCUUACUCGUGAUUCCAAACAUUGGGUCGCUAAUUGUUUGAACAGCAUUCUUGAAGCAUGUAAUCUUGAUCGCAAAAAAUCAAGACAUUUGGUCCCAUUCACUCAAAAGGUAUUUGAAAAUUUUAUUAGGUUAAGUGGUAAAAAUGGAAAGAAAAUUGUUAUAUUAGGUUUGGAAAUUUCAUCAACUAGUGUCAAUUCAAGCAGAAAUAUUCGUACUGGUUCUGCUGGGAAAGUUAAUAUUUCCGAACCAACUAGACUUGUUGGAUUACUUGUUGAUUUAAUUGAAAAUCCAAAUACAUAUGUUUAUUUAAUGAGUUUCUUAAGUAGACAUGAUUUGGAUAUUAUGUUCAAAAGAUACCCCAAGAUUGGUUUAAUUGCUGAAAAUGGUAGUUAUGUAAAACUUAUUGGAUCAAAAGAAUGGAUUACUAUAGUUGAUGAAGGGGAAGAAUCAUCAUGGAUGCCACAAAUCACUCAAUUGAUUGAAUCUAAAGUUGAAAGAUUGCCUGGAUCGUUCUGUCAGGUUCAAGAUAGUACCGUUAGAUUCCAUGCUGGUAGGUCAUUUAUUGAUGAUAGAGAAAGAAGCUUGGAUGCUAUGGGUGAUACCAUUCAACAUAUUAACAGUUUAAGUGAGGAACUUGGAGGCAUUCAUGCUACUCUUGUUAGAAAUCUGGUUAUUGUUCAAAAGAACCAAAUUAACUUGAAGGCUUUGAGAUUCUUGGUAUCUUAUUAUAAUACAAGUUUAUAUAACCAGUCUGAAAGCUUCAUUGGGGAAAAUAUUAAAGAGUUUCAAAAGCCCUUAAGUCCAAAGAGUGAAACUAUUGACUUUUUUAAUAGAGAUGAACAUUACAUAAGCGCUAUUCUUUACAGUGGUGGAUUGACUACUAUCGAUGAAGCAAAUUAUGAAUAUAUUAAUCACUUGAAGGAUAUUCGUGCUGUUAAAAAUGCAUUAACUGUGACAGUUAUGGCAACUGAUGGUGAAGAUGUUAAAACAGGUGCCGGCUAUGAAGUCAGUGGUAUCAAUGAAUUGCUUCGUAUAUUUGCAAGAGCGAACUUAACAUAG